AUGCCUCCUCCUUCAAUUAACAUGCCUAUCGUAGACCCAGGCCAGAAGAAGUACAGCAAGCUCACUCGCGAAGAGAUUAGACAACUUAUAAUGAAAGAGAAUAUUGGAGUACUGGCCGAGGAUAUUAGACAUCAAUCUUUGAUGGACACGCCCACUAUUAAGAUGGCUGAAGACUUGAUAGCUCGCAUUGAUACAUUGCUCAAGACAAAGGAAUCAUAUCAGAGUGUUGACUUUGUGUCGCUUGUGGAUGCCACAACAGCCUACCUCAACAAGCUACAGAAGAAGAGUGUAGAUAAGGCACUGACGCUACAAACAAAGCUGUAUCAAACAUUGCCAACAAUACAACGUCUACAACAGAUUAUAAUGACCUUUGCCCACACUGCUGUCAAUCAACCCUACAGCCCCGAGCAUGCCAGCUCGCUGCUGGUUGCCAUGCAGCUUCUCUAUCGAUCACCAGCACUGUGCGAACGAUACCUGGCGCUUGGUGCUUACACGGAGCUCAUAUCAUUACUCUUUAAUCAGACUCAUCGAGCGGCAUUCACAGCCACCACCGCAUACAUGGGCGUGCAGAUCAAGACUGAGGGUGUACGAGAGCGCCUCAAUAGCAUCUCUGACGCGGGUGGUGAUCAUUUGGGCGAGCUGGAGAGCAUGUUGGACUGUAGCCACCCCGAUCACAACGUCCUGCCGGCAUUGAUAGUGUUUAGCGAGGAGAGCGGCCUAUAUAAUCUCGUCGAGCGACUCGAGAAGCUGUUGACAAAGCCUGGCAUUGAAACAACGCACAUCAUUGGACGUAUCAUUCAGCUCUAUCUCAUCAUUCACAACUACCCAAUGGCACUGCAAUGGUACGCCAAAUGCUUCUUGCUGGACUGCAAGCCCUCACAUGCGAUCUUCACUCAGUUCAUAAUAUAUCACGAGAUCAACAACACUGCGCCCAACGCCAAAGAUCUGAAACAGUUGUGGAUCAAGCGACUACGCGAAUACUGCUGUGGGACCCUCCCUCGACAGGUAUCUGAUGAGUCCAAGCUCAGCUUGGCGAGGACAAUGGUGGACUUGAUUGGACAGGUGCCAUCGAUGGAUGGCGUAACUCUGUUGCCCGACGAACCUAAUGAGCAGCGCGACCGUCUCGAGGCUUUGCUGGGGAACGAAUCGUUUUUGCCCAUCAUCAAUGCCAUCGAGCAGGACUUUAGCCAUGGACAGUUGCCGCAUGAUACAUUCAUACUGCGGACGGUGAUCAAUGCCGGAUACUUGUCGAUCUCACAGGACUUUGUCAGAAGAGCGCCACAAUUUGCUCGAUGCAUAAUCUUCCAUCAACAUACAUACACGCACUUUGUUCGCGAGAACCUCUCUGUUGGCUGGGAAUACCUCAAGGACAACAUCCCCGCAUUGGUCUUUCAAAAUGUUGGCGUGCUCAACUCAAUACUCUGUGGACUGUUUGGCGCGGGAGGAGAACAAGUGGCGAUGCGCCUAAUGCUCGCCAUGAUACAGAGGAGAUUGGAGGUCGAGGAAUGGGUGCACCGUAUUGCCGCAGAGCAUAGUAUCGAGGAUGGACACUACCACGAGGAGUACAUGGCAAUGAUGUGUGAUAGGGUAAGCCUGCCAGAGUUUACAUCACUCUAUAAGUUCAUCAGGGUAUCGCGCGAGAACCCAGAGUCGGCAGCGGCCUACCUUAAGAAUACGCCCACCAAGAGCAAGAGCAAGAGUAUGCUCACGGCUGGCAUGCGACUCUACGCCUAUAUUCAUGGCCUCAACAACGACACCAAACUGGAGCAUCUCUUGGACUUUUUUGGCGAGGUCAAUUACAAGUCUUCGUUGUACCCGGCGAUCUUUAGGAUUCUUGCCGACAAGAACCUGCCCAUGCUCGCCGUGGACAUCAUCUCAAACGAUCCAGACUACUUUGGACAUCCCAACAAUCUCAAGAAUCAUCAAAUGGUGCUGGACAUUGUGAGAUCACUCCAACAACAACAACGGCAACAUAGUCCAAACAAUCGAAUGCUCACAGAGUUGCAAUUGAGGAUAUUCAUUACGAUAAUGAAUGGAAAAGAGGCACCCAGACCAAAUGUACACUUAUCAAAGAUACGCGAUAUAUUAUACAAAAUCGAUACGAGAUUGAUGGAUGAAUCAACGCACCAACUAAUCGAGUCGAUCGAGGAUCGAGAGUGGCUACCGCUCACACCAGAGAAACUGGAAGAAAUUGAACAAACUGUCAUGAAGUACCUAUCAAGGUAUCCCGUUCACUUUGAUCAUAGUCCAACAUCUUCAACUUCAACAUCUUCGACAAUCACAACUGCGACUUCGACAGAAGUUCAAAUUGAAUAA